AUGGCCGACCCUAAUAUCGCCCAGCCUUAUUUUCAUCUCUGCCCCAACCUCAACAUCCCCCCGCCACCCAAUGGCCAACUCAAGCUGGGCACAAUCUUGCGAGACGUCACUAUUGGCAACGUCAUACUCCCUCUUGACGCCGGCAAAGCUAUUGAGGCUCCCGAUUCGCAGCUAAGGCCGCUCCAAGAAGCUUCCAAGAUUGGUGGCUUUAUUCGGAGCCUGGAGGAACUCGGCGAAGGCAAUCUGUGGGAAGCGAUUGCUGACACUGAGAUGCUUUCCAAUUUCUCCCACCCGAACUGUCAUGUGAAUAGACACAAAAUCCUAUCAGUUGAGAAGCUACUUGUUCGGUACUUUGUUCCGACGCCUGAGUACAUUGACAGGGCUCUCGAAAUCGAGGGUGUAGCCCAAUAUAUCGAGACCACGAACCAUAAGAGGCCUGUAUACAUGAUCACUGGACUGAUCUGGACCGAAGGAGCUACUAAGCUUGUGAACAGGUAUGGUAAAGACGGUUUCGACAGAGACUCUUCAAGCCCAUUCAUCCUUGGGAUCCGAGUUCGAAAGAUAUGGUGGCGUAAAAAUGGCACGCGAUACGAAUCUGAAGACGAACUUGAAGCUAUAUUCGACCCCUCCCGCGCCAAGGAAGAGAAGAAUGAGAGCGAGACGAAAGAGGAAGAAAGCGAGAGUCAGAGAAGGGAGUACGGCCGCAAGCACCUCAAGGUUUGGUGGUUGCAAUGA